GCCAAAAGGCAACCCGUUCCCUCUGCCCUGCCCUCGGUCCAGUAUCCCAUCAUCCCUUGCAUGCUCAGCGCCCUGUCCUAGAAGGCCCCAGGCUCUGGUCUGUUGGCAUGGGGGCUUUCAGGGGUGCUGAAGGCUGAAUGAUGCUCUCUCUCUCUCUCUCCCCCCCCCCACAGGGCACCCUGCAGAAGUUCCUGGACGACCUGUUUGAGACAGUUUUCAGCACGGCCCACAGGGGGAGUGCUUUGCCCUUGGCCAUCAAAUACAUGUUCGACUUUCUCGACGAACAGGCGGAUCAGCAGCAGAUCACCGACCCCGACGUCCGACACACGUGGAAAAGUAACUGCCUCCCGCUGCGCUUUUGGGUAAACGUCAUCAAGAACCCGCAGUUUGUCUUCGACAUUCACAAGGGCAGCAUCACCGACGCCUGCCUCUCGGUGGUGGCGCAGACCUUCAUGGACUCUUGCUCGACGUCAGAGCACCGUCUCGGCAAAGACUCACCCUCCAACAAGCUCCUCUACGCCAAAGACAUUCCCAACUACAAGGCCUGGGUGGAGAG